AGAGAAAGAGAAAGAGGGAGAGAGAAAGAGAGAGGGUGACAUGCCCUGUCACGCUAGUGUCGACUGCUCCCGUGCCGGCCGUCUUCCCUGUCUGUCAGGAAAAGGAAUGUUUUCCGGAGAGAUGAAUCCCUGAACCCGUUCACCAUGAGGAUGUGGGACAGCGAUUUCCAGAUCCUCGCCGGAAGAAUCCCUCGGAGAAAAGAGCAGCCGCCUGAGAAGCUAGUAGCUGAUCCUUUGUGGACUCCUGGGUCACAGUGCUGAGGACUCUCUUCCAUUCACACCGCUGAAGCAUUACAGCACUGCUUUCUUGUUUUGCUCGUUGUCAUAUUUGGUGGAUUUUGUUAAUAGUUGUGUUUACCCUGCAUCUUUUUUUGAGGAUUUGUUAUGCUCCAAACUGCUUUUGUUAAUCCAAGCUGGGGUGGCCUUGCAUUAUGUAGUCCAUUCAUAUUCCAGCUGCUGACAACAUGACUCCAUAAAGGCUGACUUUGUGCCCAACACUGGAAUGACUAAGUGGACCUCCAGUGUCAUUACUAUGGUAUAGAGCACAGAGCAGUCUAAGGGGCAGGCAGGCAUGAUGUUGUUUUGGGAGUGGUCACAGUGUGUGGAGGGCAGUGUGUGUAGAUAGUCUUAAAGGUUAGAGGGAAGAUUCAUCACGCGGCUUCAUGAAGCCUGGACUCUGCCACGGGGCGAGGGAGAGGACUAUGAUGCACCUCAGCAACUUCCCUUUCAGGAGGCACUCAUGGAUUUGUUUUGAUGUGGACAACGGCACAUCGUCGGGGCGCAGCCCGCUGGACCCCAUGGCCAGCCCGGGGUCUGGGCUCAUACUGCAGGGCAACUUUGUCCACAGUCAGCGGCGAGAGUCCUUCCUCUACCGCUCUGACUCGGACUACGAGCUGUCGCCCAAGUCCAUGUCCAGAAACUCCUCCAUCGCCAGCGACAUUCAUGGCGACGAUAUGAUUGUAACACCAUUUGCACAGGUUCUAGCCAGUCUAAGAACUGUACGGAAUAAUUUUGCCGCAUUAACCAAUUGUACACAAGACAGAGUGUCCAACAAGAGAUCACCCAUGUGUAAUCCACCUCCCAUCACCAAGACCUCAUUCACAGAGGAGGCCUAUCAGAAACUGGCCACUGAGACGCUGGAGGAGCUAGACUGGUGCCUGGACCAGCUGGAGACCUUGCAGACCAGACACUCAGUCGGCGAGAUGGCCUCCAACAAGUUCAAGAGAAUGUUGAACAGGGAGCUCAGCCACCUGUCUGAGAUGAGCCGCUCUGGGAACCAGGUGUCGGAGUUCAUCUCCAGCACCUUCCUGGACAAGCAGCACGAGGUGGAGAUGCCAACUCCGCAGACGCAGAAGGAGAAGGAAGACAAGAAGAACAGGCCCAUGUGUCAGAUCAGUGGGGUGAAGAAACUGCAGCACAGCUCCAGCCUCACCAACUCAAACAUACCCCGCUUCGGAGUCAAGACAGAGACAGAAGACGAACUGGCUAAGGAGCUGGAGGAUGUAAAUAAAUGGGGCCUUAAUGUUUUCAAAGUCACUGAGUUCUCUGGGAACAGGCCCCUGACCGUCAUGAUGCACACUAUAUUCCAGGAGAGAGACUUGUUAAAAACAUUCAAAAUUCCACUUGACACCUUUAUAACAUACCUGAUGACCUUAGAAGACCAUUACCAUGGCGACGUGGCCUACCACAACAACAUCCAUGCUGCUGAUGUCACCCAGUCCACUCACGUGCUGCUAUCCACCCCCGCUCUAGAGGCUGUGUUCACCGACCUGGAGAUCCUAGCUGCCAUAUUCGCCAGUGCUAUUCAUGACGUUGACCACCCUGGAGUCUCCAACCAGUUCCUCAUCAACACUAACUCAGAGCUGGCGCUCAUGUACAAUGACUCGUCAGUCCUGGAGAACCACCACCUGGCUGUGGGCUUCAAGCUGCUUCAGGAAGAGAACUGUGACAUCUUCCAGAACCUGACCAAAAAACAACGACAAUCACUGCGCAAGAUGGUCAUCGACAUUGUCCUAGCGACUGACAUGUCCAAACACAUGAACUUGCUGGCUGACCUAAAGACCAUGGUGGAGACCAAGAAGGUGACCAGCUCUGGAGUUCUACUCCUGGACAACUACUCUGACAGGAUACAGGUACUGCAGAACAUGGUGCACUGUGCGGACCUGAGUAACCCCACUAAGCCCUUGCAGCUGUACCGCCAGUGGACCGAUCGCAUCAUGGAAGAGUUCUUCACCCAGGGAGACAGAGAGAGGGAGAGAGGCAUGGAGAUCAGCCCUAUGUGUGACAAACACAAUGCCUCGGUUGAGAAAAGCCAGGUAGGCUUCAUAGACUACAUUGUCCACCCUCUAUGGGAGACGUGGGCGGACCUGGUGCACCCUGACGCCCAGGACAUCCUGGACACUCUGGAGGACAACAGGGAGUGGUACCAGAGCACCAUACCCCAGAGCCCCUCACCUACCCUGGACGAACCUGAGGAUAUCAGCCGCCCCCUUGGAGGGGACAAGUUCCAGUUUGAACUCACCCUGGAGGAGGACGGGGAGUCGGACACGGAGAAGGACAGUGGCAGCCAACCCGAGGAGGAAGAUGAAGAAGAGGAGAAUAGUUGUAGUGACUCGAAAACACUCUGUACGCAGGACUCUGAGUCGACAGAGAUACCACUGGACGAACAGGUGGGGGAGGAUGAGGAGGUGGAAGUGGAAGUGGAAGGAGAAUCCUCUUCAUCGCAACCAUCUGUAGUCGAAGAGGAAGAGGAGGGGGAGGAUGAUGAGAAGAAGGGAGAGGAGAAAGCAGCCGAUACAUAGCAGUGUAUGGACGGCAACUAAACUGUUCUUCUUAGUAACCAGAGAUUAUUAUUUAUAGAGUAUUUUGGGGUUUUGUGGAGUGUCUGUCUGUUUUUUUUUAUAUAUAUAUAUAUAUAUAUAUAUGUUUAUGGUUCCAAAGCGCACGCUGCUCUUCACCCCUUGGUCCCUCCUCUCUCCUCAUCCCAUUGGUCAGCUUCUUGCUCACUGGUACUUCUACAAGUAUUUUGCACUCAGGAAAACCCUUUUCCAUUCACAUUUGUACUGGAGUUGUCUGUGUGUUAUUUAACUUUAAACCCUGUCCUACUGUGUUGAAGUUACAUGAAGGAUUUUGAUUGGCCGUUUAGAGUGUGUUUAAUGCUGUUUAUAUACAGUAUAUCUCCUCCUUUCAGCCUGACUGAUG